AUGACAUUUGCUAGUGCCCGCCCAACGCCACAUGUGUUAUCUCCUUACCUCUUUUUUUCCCGCAAACAUAACUCGAUACGUCCUUUUCUACGCUACGGCACAAACCACCAUAAGUUCUCUACCUAUCUGUGCUGGAUUACAACUACGACUCACGUCAAUCUGGCGGCUGGUUGUUGACUGCCGCACGCACGAAGCAAUGGAGCACAUGCAAGCUAUAUGAGCAUAAAAGGCAUGUGAAUAGGGGAGAGGGCGGGCAGUCAGCCGCCGCCAACCUCACAGAUUGUUCAAACUCCACUAAAUGUCAGUUGCCAUCAUGAUAGCCCUAGACUGGACCCAGAUCUCGACGCGAACAAGCCCCAGAAGUCUACCAUAGACAGACUAUGGAGUUGCCAUUUCCUGGAUAUUCUCGGAUCAGUUUGUUCACAACGAAAUACAACUCCAAAAUCCCUGGUGGCAACGAACUGUUUGUCGGUGGCUUCUUUGUAUAUGUCACAUUCGCUCAAGAAUUACUCCUAACUUGGAGACUAUACGUGAUCUGGGGUCGCAACUUCAAGAUUUGUAUCAUACCGUUCAUUAUCUGGAUGCUUCACUGCACAUCGAUCGCCGUUUCUGGCUUUAUUCCCGCAACAGCAACGCCUCUCACCCGCAAUGUCCAUUCAUACGGACUCGCCGGAUGGGGUCUCGAGACUGGUGUCAAUUUUCUUGCAUCAGACGGCAUAGCUUACCGUCUAUGGCACGCGGGCUUCAUCGGUCGUAACUUCUUCACUGUAUCCUCGUCCUUAAGCUUUAUACUUGAUAUCGAAAGGAAAGAUCGCUGUGUUGCAUUCGGACGUCAUAAGGAGAUCUUUCGUAAGAAACUCACAGAAGGAAAUACAAAGUUGAUUGGGUUACUGCAAGCAUUUCAUGUAUCACCAAGCUUUUCGAUAAACGUAUUGUCUUGA